AUGGCUUUCCUCACCCUCCGAAGCCUGCUGCUUCCCGCAUCGCUUUUGAGCGUCCUCGUCGCUGCCGGACCUGUGCCCGUCGAGCCGAUCCCAGUGGCAGCUCCAGACGCGGUGCGGCCGGAGGACGCGUUGGUGACACCAUCUGUAGUGCAUUAUGAUCCAACAAAGACGUACCACAACAACCUGAGGAGAGAUAUCAUCUCCGACAUUAAAUCUCUCGGGGAUGCGGCCACUUCUGAUAUUGAUUCCAUCAUUUCAGGUUUGGGAUCUGCUGUCCCCUCGUACGUCGCAAGCGGAGUUGCACCCUUCUUCCAGAACUUCCCCACGGGAGGGAGUGUUGUCAGCUCGCUUGGACUGAGUGAUGAUCAAUUGGCUGCUGUACCCACGCAGGCUCUCAACCUUCCUCCAUAUGCGAACUACRCCGAUCAGGGUUGGAACGUCAGAUUCCAUGGAAACAUAUACAAGCAGCCCAAUACCUCCCAGGAGAAAUUGAAUGACCUUGCGAAUGUCUUCUUGAUCGACACGUCUGUCUCGGAAUUGCCCGAGUCCCAAGCAGAUCAAGCACGGAAUGUAACUGCGUCAAUCUUCGUGGUCCAACAGGAUGAGGUCAAUGUAUCCACCAUUCAAGUUGGGCCCUUCGAGGGUGGACCUGGCGAGAUGCAGAACAUCACACUGCCAUACAAGACUACAGAUCAGGGUGACUUUGACGUCUUCCUUCCCAUCAAUAGCAACGGCUUAAUGGCAGGCAACGAGACGCAGCAAAUUCAGAAGCUCUCGACAUUCGUCUCCAACACCACCGAGGGCAAUGCUACUGCAUACCUUGUACCAAACGAGGGUAUUACUAUCAUCUCUGAUAUUGAUGACAUUCUCCGCAUCACCAAGAUCUAUGAUCCAAAGGAGGGCCUGCUCAACUCCUUUGCUCGCCCGUUCGUGCAGUGGGAAAAUAUGCCAUCGAUCUACGCGAAUUGGUCCAAGAGUCUGCCUGACGCACACUUCCAUUACCUAACAACGCUUCCAGAGCAGGUGACUCGUAACUACGAGGAGUUCAUCUACAAUACCUACCCCGCUGGAAGUUUUGAUACCAGACCUUUGAACUUCAGCGACGUCAGUGCGACCUUGGCGAUUCGCCAAUUCUUGCUCACUAAGAUCUUGGAGACUUUCCCGCAGCGGAAGUUCGUUCUGGUAGCAGACACAUCUAACUCAGAUGUCAUGAAAGCUUAUCCCAAGAUGGCGACCGACUAUCCCAAUCAGGUGCAAUGUAUAUUCCUCAGGAAUACUUCUGCCACUGACGAUUCCGACAAAUUCCCCUACGAUACCUCGGGAUUCAAGGAUCUCGACCAGCGAAAGUACAUGUUCAUCGUCCACUCCGACGACCUGACAAACAUCAACAUUGCGGGAGACACCUGCUACAACACUUCGGUGGCUCAAAAUCUGACCUUUGGCUACCAGGGUCUUCCGUUCGGAAUCAACAACGAUGCACCCGUCAAUGGCAGUGCCAACGGUGACAAGAAAGGAGGUGCGACUCGCUCGAUGGAUGGAUCAAGCAUUAGUCUGACGUUCUUCGCCGCAAUGGGCGUGUUGUUUUGGCAUAUCUUGUAA